UCUUUGUUUUUGUCCGAAAAAAUGUAAACAAAAAUAAUCAAUAAUAAAUUUUCAUAACAAAAAACGUAUACCUUAUACCACAGAAUUGCAAUAUUAUUUUUGUACGAGGAAAAAAAAAAAUGAGUAAUGAAAUCUCUUACCAACCAAACGAAACUUUAAACAAUGAUGAUGUCACACAGGACGUAACACCAGAAAGUGAAUUUAGCAUGGAUGGAUUUAACAACUAUACAGCUGGUGAAGCUUUUAUACAAGGAUUAGCUGGAUUAGUUAAUCAAAGUGAUGUUGAAACUAUGAUAAGAGCUCAAAAACAAAUGUUACAGCGUUUUGAGAAAACGAAUGAAAUGCUUUUAAAUUGUAAUGCAUUAUCACAGAGUCGUUUAAAACAGGCGAACGAUGAUUUUAAAAGACACUGUAAGGUAUUGGCCGAUAUGAAAAAGGAUUUGGAUUAUAUAUUUCGAAAGAUUCGUUCCAUUAAACAAAAACUAAGCCAUCAAUACCCUGUAGCGUAUGCCGAGGCCCAGCCACAGAGAAGCAGUUUAGCUGAGGAGGCUGAAGAUGAAACAGAAGUUAGAAAAGUCUCUUCUACUGUUAGUAAAAGCAAUGAUUCCCCUGCUCCAUCAUGUUCGAAAAAACAAAAUGAGAUGGAUAAACCCAGCUCUUCCACUACCACAGUCGAGUAUGUGCAAAUGGAAGAGGCGGUCGAUAAUGGCAAACCCAUAGAGAACGAACUAAUUAAGAGAGUGUGUUCGAUAGAGACUACAAAUCCCAAUGAUUCAUCUGACUGCACUUCAGAGGAUACCGGUUAGUUAAAUUAAGUAAUUGUAUAGACAAUUUUUUAGCUAUAAAACUAAUAUAAUUUAGAGAUUUAUUAAAAAUAC